AUGAGCGUGACAACGCCGGUUAAGAAGAUAAGAAAGAAAUCUGACAAUAAGCCACAAUCGCAAAUAAACAAGUGUCACAACGAAAAAAAGCGGCGGGAGUUGGAAAACGAGACCAUAAAUCAGCUCGAAGAGCUUUUGGGGACUUGUCUAGCUGAGGUAAAGCAGCCAGACAAAAACGGCAUUGUUCGAGAGGCCACUCGUCGAAUCCAGGAUAUUCUGAAACGGCGGCGCGACUGUCCCGGCGAAUGUCCCCUGCGUUUAGUUCAAUGCUUCUCGCCGGUACAAGCUGGGGAAGUCAGCUCCACACAACCACAGCCACCGACCGCUGGUUUCCAGUUUUCUGCGCUCACUUCACUCAUUGAGGCCCUCAAACAUUACACAAGUAGUCUGGGCUGGGUUCUGUUGGAAAUAAAUUCCAAAGGUGAAAUUGAGUGUGUAACAGAAAACAUAAAAGACCUCAUUCUUGUCGAUAGAACAGAGCUGUACAAGAAAUCAAUCUUUUCAUUUUUGCAUACCAGUGAUCACGCAAAAUUGAAACCUAUAAUAAGGAAUGCGCAAGCUUUUUCCUGGAGCUCAGGGGACAUCGAUAAGUUUCAGGCCGUACAAGUUCGUCUGCUUAUCAAGAAUCCUAAUGGUAGUGACGGUGCUGGGCUGGUGGAUGCUGUGAUCCACGCUGCGCCGGUACGCGGCUCGUCCUCUGAGGAGGCCGGCUCCGUCAUGUGCGUCAUCCGGCGCUGCGAGGACGCGUCGGCCGCACUUCUUCCAGUCGACGGCGGCCCGCCCGCCAUCACUUCCAAACACUCCGAAAACAUUGUCUUCAGAUUAGACUGCAACUAUACUAUUUUAUCUUGCGAUUUAAGUGGAGUGGAAAACUGUUUAAACUCUCCCGUGUCUCUUGUGGGUACUUGUUAUUUGGAACUUGUUGAAAAUUGUGAUCGUAUUCGUAUAGCUGCACAUUUGCAAGAGGCCGUGUGUCGCCCUGGCCCACCAGUAGUGAGUGAGUCUUUUAGAUUACGUAUCGCGGCCAACAAGCCUUGGUUUAGAGUCAGUGCUCAAUCGCGUCUUUUUGCGGCAAAGCCUGGAGAACCCGACUUUAUUAUGUCGACGCAUACGAUCCUCGGUGACGACGAAGUUGACCUCCUAGAAGUUCCUGGAACGCGACCGACCGUCGGUGGCCCUCUGAUGACAUCCGUUGCUAACGGGGAAUCUUCCGGCUGUGAAAUCCGCGAAGACUCGAAAGAGCACAAAGAGGGAACGAUUGAAGAUCCAGGUACUCCAUUGACACCACGUACGCCCUCGGUAUCCAACGAAGGGUCACAUUCGUCAGCACCAGCCGAGGAGCCCAAUCGUCUGCGCUCGUUACUCAGUAAGAAGACCGUCAGUGUAUCCGACGCCGUGACAAAUUCGAACAAUCGUAUCCUGAAGGACCUGUUAAAUCAAGACGACGAGGAGGCGACGAGCAGCGAGACGUCGGCACCGCACACGCCGCACACGCCUCACACGCCGCACACGCCGCACACCCCGCACACGCCAGGCGCCGCGCUGUCGCCGCUGCACACGGCGCAGGCGCACGCGCGACCGCCGCCGCUGCAGGCGCAUGCCACGCACGCCACACACACUACGCACGCCUCGCACGUGCAGCUCACGUCGCACACAUCGCACACGUCGCACGCCCAGCAUCCCCAGCACCAGACUACGUCCCACAACAUGCAGCAAACGCAUCAUAAUAAUUCGGAGGUAUUACUAAGGAUACUAAACGAAAAAUCUGAUGAAGAUAAUGAAGAAAAUAGAAGAAAUGCUUCCGAUAGCACUCGUGGUACUUCGCAACCAAGUGCAUUGCUCUCUCAGUUGCUUUCUCCCAGCAAUGGGCCUUCCGGCAAUGGUCGCUCUCAGGAUGCCAGUGAUAACUACCUCGAAAGGAUUGGUAUAAAGCGAAAGUAUGAGGAAAGUAAGACACAUAAUACUAAUGUGAAAAGAGCUACACCUGAAAAUCAACAGGUCACUUCUAGUGCUGUGCCAGUAGCAUCUUCGGCUCCUUCGUCGACGGCUGCUAGUCCCGCCACCAGUAGUAGUAAUAUGCGUCCACUUCGUCAGAAGAAUCAAAUACUAGUAGCACUUCUAGAGCAAGCCACGCCCUUCCCUACACCAAAUCUUCGUGGCUACGAACCGGUGCCUCGCCCUAGGUUACCGCAAAUACAGCAGCAUCAUCAUUCCACAUUAUCAAACAUGCUGACACCACAUAGUCGAGCCAGUAACGUGAAUGGCGGCGGGGCGGGUCCGACGGCGACGAGCGCCGCGGGCGCGGUGGGCGGCGCGGCGAGCGUGGCGUGCUCCAGCGCCAGCCUGAGCGCGCCCAGCCACCUGCAGAUGGUCCUGCAGAGCAGCGCGCGCGCCGCCUACCCGCACUCGCCCGCGCCCGCGCACUACGCCAACACGCCGCCGCACCACUUAUACAACACUCAACCUACGAAUGACAAUUCUCGAAGUCAAGGCAGUUCCGGUGGUGGAGGCGACAGUGAUGCACCCAGUGAUUUGAUGCUUUCCUACAUAUUGGACGAGGUUAUCGAAAAUAUGCCCUAUGCGGAAAGACCUGCACCAGAUGUCAAUGUUCUCAUGAAUUUAGAGAAUCGGCAGCUAAGAUCAGACUUCGCGGGUAUGAAAGAAAAGAAUGCGGUCAUAAAUGCUAUUACACAAAGUCUCAUGCAAUGUGAAACUGCGUCUAAAAAUCCAGUCUCCUCAAGUCCUGGUGCCCCUCCAGUGUAUCCUGUACAAAGUCCGGGAUCAUGUAACAUGGGAAGUGGGAGCAGUUCAAUGUAUGGCAUGGCACCGCGUGGCGAGGACUCGCGUUCACUGGUAGAGCAACACCGCGCUCGUCUUCUGCAAUUACAGCGUUCCCAACAGAUGCUUGUCUCUCCUGAGGCCGCAGAGCAGCCUCAGGCUGAUUUGGGUUCCACAAUAAAUGCACUCGUGUCUGCCACGCCUCCAAACGUAGCCCUCACGCGGACUGAUUUUCAUCAUUUAUAUCACCAGACUAAUCAAAUGGGUUCAAAUUAUGGUACAAAUAAAAUCACAACUCCUCAACAGAACCCAAUGCUCAGUCGACAGCUGUGUAAUGCUGGCGCCGGGUCGGGAGGGGGCGCGGGCGGGUACGCGCACGCGGCGGCGGCGGCGGCGGCGGCGCUGCACACGCCGGUGUCGCACCAGCCCUACCACCGCGCGCCGCGCCCGCACCUCGUGGGCGGCUACUAUGAGGAGAGAGAGGCGAGCGCCAGCGGCUACUGCGGGGAAUACGGGCGGCGGGCGCACGGCGCGCAGCAGCCGCACCCCCCGCACCCGGUUCACCCGCCGCACACCCCGCAUCCGCCGCACCCGGCGGCGCACGACCAACCGAUGUCUUGUGGGGGUUCUGGCGGCGUGUCAGGCGGCGUGGGGGCGGCGGGCGCGGCGUGCGCGGCCGGCGGCACGUCGGAGUACGUGCGCAACGAGCUACGCGCUGUGGUGGGCGCCCGCGCGGCGCGCCCCGACCUGCACGCGCCGCUGCACGCGCCCGACCUCGACCCGCUGCUCACCUUCGACAUGCCCGCGCCCGGUGGCGGCAGUGUGGUGGGGGGCCGAGCGUCUGCUGCGCCGACAAACUCGUGGGAGUCGCAACAGAGCACACCGAGUACUACGGAGGCGGGCUCGGCGGCGGGCGGUGAUGAGGCGGCGAGCGCGGCGGGUGGGGCGGGCGGGGCGGGCGGGGCGGCGCGGGCGCGGCCGCUAGGGCGUCGCUGCUGCAGAAGCUGCUGUCGCAGUGACGCGCGCCGGCCCCUCGCCCCGAGCGCUCCCCGCACCACACCUAGGACUCGUCGGUCUCGGCUACGCAUCACGUGGUACCUCAGCGGCUGUUAA